AUGGACACCGCCGUCGAUCUGACUGUUGCCUCGUCGUCCAACGCCUCGACGCCCGCCACCCAACCCAAGAAAAAGUCUCGGCGAGGCGCCAACCCGGCCACCCAGAAGCGCAGAUGCAUCAGCACGGCCUGCAUUGCCUGCCGCCGACGAAAGUCCAAGUGCGAUGGCGCUAUGCCCAGCUGCGCCGCCUGUGCCAGCGUCUACGGCACUGAGUGCAUCUACAACCCCAACUCGGACCACCGCCGCAAAGGCGUCUACCGGGAAAAGGUCGACAGCAUGAAGGCCCAGAGCUCGACGCUGCAGAUCAUCGUCGAGGCCAUCUUGAAUGCCACCGACGAAGAAGUGCCCGACGUCGUCUAUAAGAUCCGGACAUGCGACAACCUCGACACAGUUGCCCAGGAGCUCUCGAGGAUGGGCUCGGAAACCAAGGAAGAGGAGAUCAACCAGUCCCCGGAGGAGGAACCCUUGUCUUUGUUGCCCGUACAAGGAGAACAAGAGUUUGCGCGCAAGAUGGGAGAGCUGCGGCUCGAAAAUGGCUCGGUGCGCUUCAUCGGCGGCACCUCUCACCUCAUUUAUCUGGGAGAUCCGCACCACGAUGCCGUCGACCACGAGUCGCCUUAUGAGCCAGGCGUGUGCGGAAACCCCGUCACGUCCUGGACCCGCGUGACCACCGACCCGCGCCUCAUCAUGCACCUUAUGAACAUGUACUUCAACUACCACUAUCCAUACUUUACCACGCUCUCACGCAAGCUGUUUUGGCGUGACUUCAUGAGGGGCAGGGCGGGAUUGCGGCCGGGCCCAACGUACUGCUCUUCGCUGCUUGUCAACGCAAUGUUGGCGCUUGGCUGCCACUUCACCGACAUUCCCGGGGCCUUUGGCAUCCCCGGCGACAGCAGAACAAAGGGGGAUCACUUCUUUGCCGAGGCCAAGCGGCUCAUUGUCGAGAAUGACGAAUACGAGAAGCCCCGGCUUGUGACCGUGCAAGCUCUGGCACUCAUGUCUGUCAGAGAGGCCGGUUGCGCAAGAGAGGCCAAAGGCUGGGUCUACAGCGGCAUGAGCUUUCGCAUGGCUCUCGACAUCGGGCUCAACCUUGAGAUCGAGGGCCUAGACAGGGAGCACAUGACGGACGAGGAGAUUGACGCCCGGCGCAUCACCUUCUGGGGCUGCUUCCUGUUCGACAAGACCUGGUCCAACUACAUGGGCCGCCUGCCCCAGCUCCCGAGACACUCCUUUACCGUGUCCAAAAUUGACGUGUUCCCGGACGAAGACGCGGCGCUGUGGUCGCCCUUUACCGACAAGGGCUUCGACGAGACACUUGCCCAGCCGUCGAGGACGCGGGCGGUUGCUCUCCUCCUGUCCAGUCUGUGCGAAAUCAGCAGUGAUAUACUCGUCUUCUUUUACCACCCCAGCCAUAUAAAGGGGGCCAGCAGCAGAGCUCUUGAGCUGAAGAGGCUCGGCGAGUUACACCAACGGCUUGAGAAAUGGCGCAAGAAUGUGCCCAUGGAGUUUGAACCAAAGGACGGCUUGCUGCCGAACGUGAUCCUGAUGCUGCCAUUCCUGAAAUACGUUCAACCCAACUCGCCACUGCCCCCGCAUAUAUCUCCAAGGCGGAUCUGCACUGCAAACGCGGGUGCCAUAUCAAAACUGAUGAGGUUGUACAAGAAAUCCUGGAAUCUCCGCCAGAUCUGCAACAUUGCAGUCUACAUGAUUCACAGCGCGUGCACCAUCCAUCUGCUCAACUUGCCAGAAAAGUCGGCGAAGCGAGACCUGACCCAUGGGCUCAAGAAUCUGGAAGAGAUUGCUGAAGACUGGCUCUGUGCCAGGCGGACGCUGAGCAUCCUUAGUGUUUUGGCUCGGAAAUGGAAAUGCGAACUACCAGAAGACGCCGAGAUUAUACUCAAACGAACAGACGAGAGAUUCGAGUACUACAGCACGUCGGAAGUGCCCUCUCCU